CGUCUUUGGAAGUUCAAACUGUUUUAACUAUAACUAUAUCAAGCUGUAGACGGCGAAAAGUUCUACACGUGUACCUGUAAGUUUAUAGGUUCGAGAAACAGAACCUGUUUCGAAAACCAAGAUUUACUGAUAUACAAUGAUGAAGCAUUCACCGCCAGAUAAGAACUACACGAAACAAGGGGAUACGUUUAACACAUUAUCCCCACUCAUGAUGAUGCAGAGAAACGUCCAGAUGAAGCUUCUUGCUGAGAAAGAAAGGAAACUCUCACAGUUGUAUCAAGCACAGCAGCAGAAUUCGUUGCAAAAUGUGGCUGGAAAAAGCAGCAGGCAAGUCCAGGAGUAUUUCAAAACAAACACAAACAGAUAUACAAACUCAAACAACGGUGGGAGAAUGAGGGAUGCAAACUGGUCUGGCAACUCUGACCGUAGAGUUGUGCUUCCACCUUUAAAGCAGAGAAAACCCAAUCACACUGAAAACCAGGAUAGGAAGUUUAGAAACAAGGAGAAUUCAAAUGGUAAUUUGGUAAUGCCACAAUCUAAUAGCACUCAUACUAUGUUCAACAGUAACACUGCUGUGCCUAGACAAUCAAGUUUUGAUUCUCCAGGAUAUCAUGGCUCAAGCCGAAAUGUUGGUAAGAAUACUUUGGUAAAAAUGGAUUCCCCGCCAGACAUGACCAACUUGAAGCUGGCAAGAAAUAAAAAGAUUUUAGAAAAAAAGAAACAAACUUUAAAAGCUCUAAAUAAUUUCACACCUAUUCAUGUUGAAGGUGAAUCAAAUGCAACGGCGAUGUGCGAAAAACCAACAGACUUUCAAAAAUGGCAAAUGGAGAAUGAUUUGCAAAGAAAGAAUAGAUUGCAAAACUAUAGGGCUAAAAAUGGUAAUGAUUUUAUGAAUGAAUCAAAGAAAGUUGAUGACCAGCCGUUGUUCAAUAAUGAAACUGUUAAAGUGGUAGGUGGUAGAACAACGACAAAUGUCAUGUAUUUAAAACAAGACAAAUCGAAUGAUGACAGUGGCAAAACAAAACGAAGCAAAAGAAACCCGUUUAAAAAAGCUCAAAGGUUUUCAGAGUUAAAUUAUGCAAAUGAUAAAUCAUUGGAGUUUAAAACACCAGAAGAAAAUGCACCUUCAUAUAAAAAAGCAAGUUCUGUACCAAGUACCAGAAGUUAUAUUGAAAAAAGCAACCAACCAAAUGCUGCUAUGUCUGGUUUCACCAAGCCUGUUCUUGUUAGGCACAACAGCAACACAUCGACACCAGACCGAUAUUUUCAAAACUCGCGAACAAAUUCACGCACAUCCACGCAUUACAGUGCUUCCCCAUCAGAACAAAAUAUACGGAUAGCGCAACAAGGUUUAAGAAGCAAUGUUAAUGAAAUCAAACAACAACGUAACCUAGAACAACAGAUGCCCCUUGAAUAUGCCCAGCAUGAAGUUGUGCUUGUUCCAUGCAACAUUUGUGGCAGAAAGUUCAACUUGGAUCGUUUGCCAAAGCACAAGGAUGCUUGUGCAAAGACUUCAAAUAAGAAGCGAAAGGUGUUUGACAUGGCCACAGCCAGAAAGAAAGGAACAGAGUUGGAGAAUUUCAAAGUAGUUAAACAAGUUCGAACUAAAGAAAUAAAAAUGAAAAACAACUGGAAACUGAAGCAUCAAGAUUUUAUACAAACUGUCCGUCAUGCCAAGACCUUGUCAAAAUAUGAAGCUAUGGGCGGAAAUAUAGCCGACCUACCCCCACCCCCACCUUCAGUCAACCCUGACUAUAUUCAGUGCAAAUACUGUGAGCGUAGGUUUGCCCCACAAGCUGCAGAGCGACAUAUCCCUAAAUGCAAGGACAUGAAAUCUAGACCAGCGCCAUUAAAAAGGAAAACAGGUGGCCGGAAAUAAGCUCGUAAAGAUGCAAGUUUCGAACAGAGUUUCACUGUGCCAUUGCUUGCAGUUUAGAAGCAUUUUUGCUUUAUUUUUUGUAGUCUUGUGAUUUCAUGCUGUAUGUUUUAUACAUUUUGUAUGCAUGUAAAUAUGUGUUAUUUAUGUGAUUUGCUUUCUAUACACAUUUUAUUUUUUAGAUUUAAAAAAAUGCUACUUAUUUCCGCCAGUGUUUUCUUACGACAAUUUUGAAGCUAUGUUGUCUUUCUGAACUUGCCUAUGUGUAUUUAAAGUGUCAUGCUUGUAGUAAAUAUCAAAAUGCUUGAUUCGAUACAACACUA